CUCAGUGAUACUCGCCCUGCAUAAAUCAAGGUCUUCUUAGCUAUUUACACUUUUUACUAGUCGAACAUGGCUCAGCAGGAAUACAAGAUGCUAAGUGACAAAAUGUUCACAUACAAAGGAACGGUCAUGAAUCUCGGAGACAAUUAUGAUCUCACUCCUGAAUAUAUUGACAGUUUGUUGGAUUUUGAAACAAAGGACGAUGAUGUCUUUGUUGUUACCUUCCCCAAAUCCGGUUCAGUAUGGACCCAACGGAUCAUGACAUUAAUAUACGCUGACGAUUUUCCGGACAAAGCCAACCAAAUCACAUAUUACCAGAUGCCCUGGCUAGAGUAUCGAAUAACGGGGAGAGACUACAACACACGUCCAUCUCCAAGACUCUUCUGUUCUCAUUUACUCCAGCCGCUGAUGCCCAAAAUGCUGCAAAGACGAGGAAAAGUCAUAUACGUCAUGAGAAACCCUAAAGAUGUCAUGGUGUCAUAUUUCCAUUUUUCCAACAACAUGACAAGCCUGGAUUCAUCUGAGAACUUCGAUGAGAUGCUGGAAAAGUUCUUUACAGGAUGCAUGCUUGGUGGCUGUUGGUUUGACCACAUUAAAGGAUGGAUCACAAAUAAAGACAAAUACAACAUCCUGAUCCUUACUUAUGAAGAAAUGAUCAAGGACCUGAGAUCCGUCAUUGUGAAAAUCUGUGAGUUUGUGGGAAAGAGUCUGUCAGACGCAGCGAUCGAUAAAGUGGUGGAAACAGCCACGUUCAAGCACAUGAAGAAAGAUCCCUUGGCCAACUAUGAAUCCCUUUCUCUGACUGACACAGACUGUCCAAAAGGACCUUUUUUACGCAAAGGAACAGUUGGGGACUGGAAGAACUCUUUAACCGUGGUUCAGAAUGAAUAUUUUGACCACGUCUAUCAGGAAAGAAUGAAGGACACACCUCUUAACAUGAUCUGGGACAUCUCAGAAUUACAGGGAUGAAAACUUAAGCUGUUAAAUCCAUUUUACAAACUAAUAAAGCACUAUCAAAAUAAUAAAGGGAAGGC